GUCCAGAGUCCCAGUCCCCAGUCCCCAGGUUAGAUCAUGCGUCAGGAGGCCAUUUUGGUCAUCUCACUUUCACCAGCAGAGACCAAAUUUUUUUGAAGACCCGCUCAAUAGAAUAUCAAAAGCUCGUUUUUUGGAGGGAUAUACAAAGGGCGGCAAAUUUAUUCGCCGGCCUGCACGUGACCCCCACACACUUCUCUAUCUCUUCCGAUGUCGUCGUCAAGGCUCCGAUCAUCCAUCUCGCCGUUCCGGUCACGAAAAUCGUCGUCUUCGUCUUCCUCCUCCUCUAAGCGUCCUACUACCCCUUCCUCCACUACUUCCGCCAAAGCUCCCACUCUACCGCCGGCAAAAUCAUCAUUUUCUCCGUCGACUCCUAGCUCCGACUGUCCACCGGGUUCUUCUGGAAAGACGAAGGAGAAUGUCACUGUUACCGUUAGAUUUCGUCCGCUCAACGCUAGAGAGAUAGGGAAAGGCGACGAGUUAGCUUGGUAUGCUGAUGGAGAUUAUACAGUCCGCAAUGAGAACAAUCCCAAAAUUGCUUAUAGUUUUGAUAAAGUUUUUGGUCCUGCUACAACUACACGCCAUGUUUAUGAUGUUGCAGCUCAGCAUGUGGUGGGUGGUGCCAUGGAAGGAAUUAAUGGAACUGUGUUUGCUUAUGGUGUAACUAGCAGCGGAAAGACUCAUACAAUGCAUGGAGAGCAAAAGUCUCCCGGUAUCAUUCCACUAGCAGUGAAGGAUGUCUUUGGCAUUAUACAAGAGACACCUGGGCGGGAGUUUCUCCUUCGCGUAUCCUAUCUUGAAAUAUACAAUGAGGUCAUCAAUGAUUUGCUUGAUCCAACAGGGCAGAAUCUAAGAGUCCGAGAAGACGGACAGGGGACGUAUGUUGAAGGAAUCAAGGAGGAAGUUGUUCUGUCCCCUGCUCAUGCACUUUCCUUAAUAGCAUCUGGGGAAGAGCACAGACAUGUGGGUUCCAACAACUUUAAUUUACUGAGCAGUCGGAGCCAUACAAUAUUUACUUUGACAAUUGAAAGCAGUUCACGAGGAGGCAAUCAAGGAGAAGAAGUAGCUCUGUCGCAACUGCAUCUGAUUGAUUUGGCAGGCUCCGAAAGUUCCAAGACUGAGACAACUGGGUUAAGAAGGAAAGAAGGUUCAUUCAUAAACAAGAGCUUACUCACUCUUGGCACGGUAAGCUAUUUCUUUCGUGUACAUCAGUUUAUUGCAGUACAAGGGGAUAACAGGUCAGUUAUUAUUACACCGGAAAUCGCAGUAAAUGCUGGGUGGGGUGACAUAGCCCAAAAGAUCCUAAGACUCAUUAAUGUGCCGGAGAAGGAGAAGAAGGUCCAGAUUGUAACUUCCCCCGUCUGGAGUUAUCUUUUAAAGAAGCAAUCAGAACCAACAGAUGGUCAUCAGAAGGGACAAAAUCCUCUCCUAUCAAAAUCAGUAGGUCCAAAAUCACAAUACCUGGAGGUUCAGAGAUAA